UCUGUCUGCCUCAUCUGCCAAUUUAUAGACACGUAUGUUUACGAAAUUGUACGGCUAACACUACUAAGUGGAGAGGCUUAGAUGUAGUGAGUGCAGGCAUGAGGUUACCUGUUGCUAAAAAAUUUAAUAACUUUUAAUUUUGAUUUGGGGUUUCGUCUGUUUCGAGUUCCUGAACAUUGUUAUAUAUAUACUACCUGCACCAUGAGCGAUAUAGGGAAUUUUUUUCAAUCCCUUCCGCUUUUCACUCGUCAUUGGUUUGCUUUGUCAAUAUUCUUUCCGCUUCUGGGAAGAUUUGGCCUAGUAAAUCCGCUGCAUCUAAUCUUAGAUUAUAGUUCUUUCAUUCACAGGUUUCAGAUAUGGCGACCAGUAACUGCAUUAUUUUUCUAUCCUUUGGGUCCCAAUUCUGCAUUUUCUUAUCUUAUGAAUCUGUACUUUUUGUACAACUACUCUGUGCAAUUGGAAACAGGAUUAUUUGCUGGAAGGCCUGCUGACUAUUUGUUUUUGCUUCUCUUCAACUGGGUGACUCUUGUUGUUUCUGGAUUGAUGUUAAAUGUUUGGUUACUUAUGGAUCCGAUGAUAUUGAGUGUUCUUUACAUAUGGUGCCAAUUUAAUAAAGAUACUAUUGUGAAUUUUUGGUUUGGAACACAAUUUAAGGCAAUAUAUCUACCAUGGAUAUUAUUUGCUUUCAACUUCAUAAUGGCUGGAGGGGGAUUUAAUCACAUCCUUGGCAUUCUUGUGGGACAUUUGUACUACUUUUUGAUGUAUACUUAUCCUCUCAAUUAUGGUGGAUCAAGCUUAUUACAGACUCCUCAAAUUCUCUAUGAUUAUUUUCCAACCAGAAGAACUGCUCCUGGAGUUGGAGUACCACCAGCAUCUCGACAGGCACCACCAAACAAUGGACGAGGGUGGGGUCAAGGUCAUGCUCUUGGAGAUUAAUAUUUCCAUGUGUUUUUUAUUGAAUUGUAUUGCCACUGGCUGAAAAUAAUUUGGUCAUUUAUGGCAGUUAUAUUUUGUUUCUACAGAUUUAAAAGUGUUGAAAACUAUAAUCAUUAACUUUUUAUAUUAAAGCAUUAUUAAUUUUCUUUUUUAUUACUUCCCUACUUACAUUCUUUUCUUUAAGAAUUUUCAUAAUAUAUGUAAAAUAGGAUUCAUUCAUUUUGUCAUUUUUUUUACUGUGGUCCAACAAAAACUUACUGAUGAUAUCAGAAAUGUGAUAUUUAUUUUGAGUACUCUCAUGUUUAAUUUUAAUGCUUUGUAUAAACAUUUAAUUCAGCUGAUAUUAGUAUUAUUUAUUUAAAAUAUGCCAUAUUGAAACAAAAUAAUAUUAAAUUUCUUCUAAUGGCUAUGUUUAUUAGAGAUGACAUAUUUAACAUCUAUGGCAUCUGUGAUGCUAUAUAUAUAUAUUUUUUUUCAUACCUGUGUAUCUUUUGCACUGAAUUCAUGAAAUGUAGAGGAAUGUUAUUUAGAAAGUGGUACAUUAAACGAAUUUUCAAAGUG